AUGACAAAAGUUCUUUAUCAUGAUCAAUGUCAAGGAAAUCAACCACAGUUGAAUGUUAAUGACUUUGUUAAUUUAAUUGAGUAUAAAGAUCCAAAACUUCAAGGCUUUUUUAAUGUUUUAUACAAUGCAAUGAAUUCCAAGGAAAAAAAUCAAAAGUGGUUCUAA